AUGGGUUCACAAAGCAAAGACCAGAAGGAACUGACGGUGCUCGUCACCGGAUUCGGCCCCUUCCGGGAGCAAUACCCCCUCAACCCGUCGUGGGAAAUCGCCAAAGGCCUCCCGUCGCACCUCGCGCCGCUUCGAGCCAAGGACGCCGGCUCCCGAGACGCCCCCGAAACACCGCCCGUCCGCAUCAUCGUCCACCCCGAGCCGAUUCGGGUCAACUACAAGGUGGUGCGGGAUCUGGUGCCCUCCUUCUGGGACACCGCGUACCAGGGCCACGGCGUCGACGUGGCAAUCCACGUUGGCAUGGCCGGGCCCCGGCCCUUCUACCAGAUCGAGCGCCGGGCUCACAGGAGGGGGUACAGGUCGCUCGACGUGGACGGUGAGCUGCCGGCGGACGGGCCCGAGGGAAGGCCCGACGACGAGGAUUGGAUCUGGCACGGCCUGCCGGACGAGAUCCUGACCGACAUUGACGUGGAUGAUGUCUACAAGCGGUGGCAGGCACACAGCCCGAAGGACAUGGACCUGCGCAUCUCGGAGGACCCCGGCCGCUACCUCUGCGACUUCAUCUACUACUCCUCCCUGGCGCACCUGUACAAGGAGAGGCGCCCGCGCAAGGUUGUGUUCCUGCACGUCCCGUCCGACGCGUCGGGCGCGUUCGUCACGCAGGGCCGCGAGCUGGCGGUCAACCUCAUCAGGGCGCUGGUGGAGAGCGAGACGGCCGCCAAGGAGAAACCGCUCUGA